AUGUACCACCUCGCCAAGGGCCUGUAUCUCUACGCGACCAGCAAAGAAGAGUACUCCGUCAUCCUCCUGGGCCUCGAUAAUGCCGGCAAGACCACGUUCCUCGAACAAGUCAAGUCCAUGUACCUCCCCAACGGGCCGGAACCAAAGCUCAAGACCGUGCCGACCGUCGGCCAGAAUGUCUCGACAAUAACCUUGCCCGACAUGUAUAUGAAGCUAUGGGAUGUCGGGGGCCAGCUGUCCCUUCGCAAUCUCUGGCAAAGCUACUACGCCAGCUGUCACGCCAUCGUCUUCAUCAUCGACAGUACGGACAUCGGCGACGGGUCGCUCGAGGACGAUGACAACGGCCGUCUGGAGGAGUGCAGACUUGUUCUCGAAGACGUGCUGCAGCAUUCGGAGACGGAAGGCGUGCCGCUGCUCAUUCUCGCGAAUAAGCAGGACAGGGAGGAUUGCGUCGAGACGAUUCGCAUCAAGGAAGGCCUGGUGAAGAAGGUCAUGGAGGGCGAUAAGGCGAGCAGUAUUCGCGAUUCCAGAGUAUUGUCGUUAAGUGCAUUGACUGGAGAUGGCGUAAGGGAGGCGGUGGAUUGGGUGAGGACAAGAGUGCAGUGGAAUAAGGAGUCGAGGCCGCCGGUGAUGAGAUGA